AUCAAUUUUCGUUAAGAGAGAAAAAGGAAGAGAAGAAGAAUGUUACAGUUUCCGACGUUGAUGACCCAAUUUCCGUCGUCGACGAAGACGAUUCCGGCAUCGUAUUUGCUUCCGUUACAAUGGCCUCAGCCGCAGAACGAGGAGAUUCUUCUCGCCAUGGAAGAAGCUGAGUUCGAAGAAAAGUGCAACGAGAUCAGAAAGAUGAGUCCUGCUUUACCGGUAAUUGGAAAACCAGUCGUCAACAACGAACAAGAAGAGGAUGAUAAUGAAGCAGAGGAUGAUGAUGCAGAUAAUGCAGAGGAAUCAGAUGGUGAAGAGUUUGAGCAAGAAACCGGAUAAAUAAUCUUGAGGCCGAAAAUACACAAGGGUUAUUGAUGGCAUUGGCUUGAAACUUGAGGACCCUUAUCUAAAUCUUCUUGUGAUAAAACGACUGUGAUUCUGACUUUGUAAACCAGGUUUUUUUCUUUUCUUAGGAACGACUGAAAUGUUCACUUUUGGCCCUAAGGUUAGUCAGUGGAUUAUUCGUAGUUAAUUGUCUCAAUCUCAUGGUGUUAAUUGUGUUAGUGUAUUGACAUUGAAUUUUAUGGUUUAUAGAUUGUAGUGAUUUGAUGAUGAUGACAUUUUUCAAAAUUUAGACCGGCCUGUACAUGCCAACUACGGGUAAGAUAUUUGACCAGAAAUAAUACAAAUUUAAACGAAAACAUAUGUAGUUGGGUUUUACGUGAAUAAAUUUUAUUUGGCCAAAAGCAUAAAAAACAAGAACAUGAUUGGUUGUAUGAAUUAAUAAUUUGAGAUUCGUUUCUGACUUUAAAUAUGUAUAAAAAUGCUAAGAAAGCCC